UUGACUUACAGCGAAUUGAGAAGAAAACUUGGAAACAACAUUGAUACAAGAAGAUCGAUCAUGUUUCUGCCACAAGAAUUGAUGAUCCAAAUUUUGGUGUGGUUACCAGUAAAGUCUCUGACACGCUUCAAAUGUGUUUCUCUAUCCAUCGAUUUUGAAGCAUUGCUUGACGAUGAUAGUGGAUCUGUUUCACUCGACCUUGAUCGUACUUUUCCACAGCAUUUUACAGAUAUUGAAGUUGAAAUUAAAGGGUCAUGUAGAGGCUUCAUACUUUUAUGCCAUACCUUUGACCUCUACCUGUGGAAUCCAUCCACUGGAUUUCACAAACAAAUACCUAUAUCUCCUUUUGGUUUCAAUUUAGAUUGUUUCUAUGGUUUUGGUUAUGACCAUUCAACCGACGAUUACUUGGUUGUGUUAAUGUUUCAGCAUGAUUUGUAUAACCCUACAUUACAGUUGCUGUACUUCUCAUUGAAAGGUAAUACAUGGAAACAAGUUGAGGGUCCUCACUACCGUUACACCAAUAGGAAUCGGGAAGAGCCCAAAGGCGGGUCUCUUUAUAACGGGGCUAUCCAUUGGUUGGCUCAUCGUGAUGAUUUACUAACCGAAGUUAUUGUUGCGUUUGAUUUAGUCGAAAAGAAACUUUCAUACAUACUUUUGCCGUGUGAUUCUGAUGGUAGUCCUUUGCAUUGUGGUUUAUGGGUAUAUGGAGAGUCUCUCAGCAUAUAUACUACUAAUUAUGCUACUAAUACAGUUGAUAUAUUUGUGAUGAAAGAAUACAAAGUGGAUUCGUCUUGGACUAUGACUCAUGCUCUUCCAUAUGACGUCAUCCCAAACGAGGGGUUUUGUCCGUUGUGCUGUACAAAAAAUGGUGAUAUUGUUGGGAGAGAUGAUGGCGGUGGAUUGGUCAAGUAUGAUAAAAAUGGACAGUUUCUAGAGCAUCAUUCUUAUACUAAUGAUGAUCUUCCACGCCAAUGGACUAUGUAUAUAGAGUCUCUGCUUUCACUCCCUAGUGAUGGUGACAACCAGCAAGCUUAAGAAGAUGACGCAAACAACAAGUACGAGGUUGUGAAAUGUUCCCCUACACUAUUUUCUUGAUAUUUAUAUUGAAUUAGAGCUUGGCUCCUAUGGUAACAAUGAAGGUUGAUCCUAAGUGGCUAUGUAUAUAGAGUCUUUGCAUUCAUGGUGAAGUGAGAAAGCUUAUGAAUCAUAGGUUAGAAUGCAUUUGUAGGUACUAUGUGUUUGUUUGAUCGCAUCUGUAAUAUGAGUAAGUGUACCACAUGAGCUAAUGUAAUAUGUCAAUGUCAUGAAAUGGUUAUUGGUUAACUAUUUGUUUAUGUGAUUCACUGUUAUUUAUGCAUGUAGCUGGAUCAUAUAAGGUAAACUAUUCUCAUGACUUUGAUGCAAAGCAAUUCACUAAAAAUUUGAUCAUAACUACAUAGGUAUUUGAAUGAAAUAGAAGGUUUUGUUCUCGAAUUUCAGCGGACUGUUAUAAUUUUGGUGCUUGUCUUUUCUCUGUUUCAAACCAAUUACAUGAAUUUUAAUAUCAAAACUAAACUAACUCAUGAACCUAAAUAAUGCUAGAAUUACAACUUGGAGUUUUUUUGUUCAAGUUUGAUUAGAGUUGUUGUAUGUCUUCUUUUGAAUGAAAAUUUCUCUUGCCUCCCAUAUAGAUCAUAAUUGAAGGAACUUCUUUCUUGGAAUUGAACUGCUGAAAGAAGAUGAUAGGAUUUAUGUAUGCUUAUUGGAAAUAUUGAGAGCUUUGUUUGUGUGAUUAAGUUAUUUAUGC